UCUCUAAUGAUUAAAGUCACAAAAUUUAAAUUUUUCACAUACAUUUUUCUUAAUUUUUCUCCAAAAAUUCUUAAACUGGAAAGUCGAAGUUGACUAAGUUGGUUUGUUUUUUUACUCAUUAAUUUUUGCUUAAAUUUCCAAAUAUUUUUCUUUACUAUUUAAAAUUUCAGUAGAAAAAUUAAUUUAUGUAGUAUAUAUGGAAAUCACACCCGAGACCAAGCUAAUACAAUUAGCACCGAAACCUAACAAAAAAUUUCAAAGUUGAAAAGCUCUGGUAUAAAAGCACCCCAUAAUCUUUGCCGCAACGCAAAACAACUUUCAACCUUCAACAACUACAACAACAUCAAGUUAUCUUCAUCUUUUCAAGUGUCAAAAGGAUGGCCUCAACAUCGGCUCUUCAGUUCUCGCGUGUUCUUCUUCUGCUUACUUUCGCUUUGUUGCUACUCCAAUGCGUGGUCAAGUGCGUAGAUGUUGGAAAUGGACAUAGUUUGAAAGGAAGCGAAGUCGAGGUGCUGAAGUUGGAGGCUAAGUCUUUAUGUGAUUUUGACACGGAUCAAAAGGGGGACAUAAUGAUCAAGUACAAAAAGGGCUCCACUUCUUCCACUUCUGGAUGUGUAUUGGAUCUUCUCACAAAGUUUCCCCUUAAAGAUGGAAAGCUUGUGAUGGAAGUUGGUGUCACAAACAACGAUGGUAGUUUAGACAAAUGCUUGUCGGAUGCUGGUAUCAAAGACGCGAUAGAUGUGGAACGAGAAUAUGUUGGGGAUGACAAUAUGUUACCGUUCUCGUUCAGUCUGAAGGGUAAAGAAGAGGCUGGAGCUGAAAGGACUGACGAGACCGACUACUGUAAAGAUCACGGUAAAUGUGUCGAAUCUAAAAGACAAGGAAAGUGCCUAAAGAAGACCGAAUACGCUGUUGCUUUUGGACUCAGGGGCAAAGCCAUAAUGAACUUUGUCGAGCCUCUUGGUGAGCCGCGUAUGUGGUACUGUGCACGGCAAGCGGAGGCGUCAGUCCCUAAGAGUGCAAACUUCCAAAUCGAGCUUCCUCUUGACAACCAGAAUUGGACGACCAAAAAGACUGGAUGUGGGAGCGACCUGUCUUUCAAUGGAGACCCGAAAGGAAUUUGUUUGUCGGAAAAAAGUUUUCGCAAGCCUGAGUUUUGGGAGAUUAAGGAUCCGACAUUCGCUGAUAAAGAAUACACCCGUCUCUUCGCUCUGCAUAUUCUCCCACAAUCAAAGGUACAUAAACACAAAGGGGGACCGCAAAAAAUCCUAUGGGGCGAGAAUUUGGACGGGAAGGAGACUCCAAAAUGCGAGAUGUAUAUUAAACUUGACAAAAAUAAGUUCAAAUUGCUUCGUGAUGCUCCUCGUACUACUACAACACCUGACACCCCUCCAGCUACUGAAACUACUAAAAAUACUCCAACAUCAACUGUGACUGUCCCAACUAAAGCAGCUUCCGGUGGAAAAGGGGUAAUCAUUGCUGUUGUUGUUGUUUGCCUUUUGAUAUUGCUUUCUGUUGUUGGUGGCAUCAUUUUCUUCGUUCUUCGCGGCAAGAAAGAAGAGGAGGAGGUUAUGCCGGGAGGAGCGACUGGCUAUUUUGGGACUGCGGCAAAGACGAAGACGGUGGCCGGGACUACUACCGUUGGGGCAACACAAGCAAAGUCUGGAAUGACAAUGACCGCUGGAGGAACAAAGACUGGAGCGACUUCUUAUGGGGGAGCAACAACAACCAAAGGAGGGGCGACGUCUAAGGCUGGUGGAACAACAACUAAAGGAGCUGCGACAUUCAAAACAGGAGGAGCAACCACGAAGAAGUGA